AUGAAGUUCUAUUCGGUCUGGUUGUACUUCCUUUCGCUUCUAUGCGUUGCGCUUGCUGCCGACGCUGCUAAAAGAGAUGAUGACACCACAUCUUCGUCGCAAACAACCACCACAACGCUGUCUUCCCAAUCCGACACCACAAUUUGGGUCACCAUCACCACUAACGGUGCUUUGGCCACUAUUCAAACGGUGUACUCGCAAAGCUUCAUGCAAGUCUAUUCCGACGCUACCGGAAGCGCCCCAGCCGGCACGAUUGGCUUGGGUUCUCACUCUGGAGACGUGGGUAACAUCCGGACAUACUCACAAACAACCAUUAAAAACGAAGGUGGCAGAAAGGGUGUGUACUCUGGUGCCAUGGGUGGGCUCUUUUUGAUUUUGGGAUCGUUGCUUUAA